GUCAGAGUGUCUCCUAGCAACCAGCUGACAGAGGCUGCUGUCGGCCAAUGGGAGCGGCGGAAGGGAGGAGAUAUGAGGAACCGGCGGUGGUGAUGGCGGAAGCGGCAGCUCCAGCUGGUGGCAAUACGCCCGCCUCUCGCCACACGGGGGUGUAAUGCCCACAGAUGCCCUCUGCACGUAGGCCGCCAUGCUGAGAGGGGCACCAGCAAGACGGGAGGAAGAUGACUGGCGGACGGAGGCGGAGUCCAGCUCUCUGCCGGCCACUCGUUCCUCCAUCCCCAUCUUCGUCUUUCCGCCCUCCCUGGACUUCUACGCCGACGACCAGACCAGCCACAAGCAGGUUCUCACCCUCUACAACCCGUUCCCUAAGGUGCUGAGGUAUAAAGUCCUCUCCACGGCUCCCUCGCGCUAUACGGUGGUGGACGCUGAAGGUCUGGUCAAGCCAAACUCCUGCAUUGACAUAGUCACCCGGCACCGUGAUAUCCGGGCACGCCAUUACGGCAGCACAGAUAAGUUCCGGGUGGAGAUAUGGGAAGAAGGUGGAGGAAAAUCUACCGGAGGAAGAAAGGACAUUCCCGCCACGCUACAUCCCACGAAGCCAGAACCACGCGAGAGAGGCCUGUCCGAGACGCCGCACUGGCAGCCUCACUCACACAUGUUCUCCCAUGGCAUUCCACGACCCCUGUCUGCAGGACUCUUCAGCCUCUAUGUUCUGGUGGGCCUGGCGUCCUUGGUGGUCCUGAUGCUUCCUUUACACGGAGAUCCUCAUAGCCUUCUACACGAGAGCCUCCACGUGUCUGUCGUCCAGAAGCUUGUCGCUGCUUACGUGUUAGGCCUUCUCACCAUGGUGUUCCUCCAGGGAUGAUGAGGUGGAGACACGUCCUGGGCUACAGACUGGAACGGGACCAUUUCAUGCAGAACAUGAAGAAAUUGUGGGGAACACGGAACAUGUGUGUGCAUUCAUAUGUACAGUGCAGGACGUUACAUGUGUUUCUCUGCAUCUUUCCAUAGUGUUUUCUUUAUAUCACGCCAUGUAUGACAUUACAUAUGUUGGGUGAUGA